UCACACUUCGAGUUUGGGUCUCCGCAGCGCCCGUAGUUUUGAACUUUCACCGCUCCUGCGGCCGGCGCCGGGGGAUAGCACGCAUGCGUCUUGUUUUCGAAUGGGUGGCACCCUUAUCCUCGCGGCGGCGGCAGGAGCCGUGGCCGUGCUGCUGGCAGUGCGGCUAUGGGUAGUGCUGCGUCCCCGCGCCGCUGUGCCCCGGCGGUCUCUCAGCCUCUUGGUGGUGGCUGGGUCCGGUGGGCAUACCACUGAGAUGCUGAGGCUGCUUGAGAGCUUGUCCUAUGCUUACUCUCCUAGACAUUAUAUCAUUGCUGACACUGAUGAAAUGAGUGCCCAUAAAAUAAAUUCUUUUGAAGUAAAUCGAGCUGAUAGAAACCCCAGUGCUAUGUUACCCGAAUACUAUAUUCACCGCAUUCCCAGAAGCCGGGAGGUCCAGCAGUCCUGGCUGUCCACGGUACUCACCACCUUGUACUCUAUGUGGCUCUCCUUCCCCCUGACUCACCGAGUGAAGCCAGAUUUGGCUCCGGACGCGCAGGCUCAGCGGCCAUGGCUCACUGGCCCAGCCGCUCCGCGGCAUGUGGGAUCCUCCCGGACCGGGGCACGAAACUGCGCCCCCUGCAUCAACAGGCGGACUCCCAACCACUGCACCACCAGGGAAGCCCUGUUAAGCCCAUUACAGGCACAUAUGAGAUCUGGACCUGGUGGGGCCUCUUCCUUUCAAGGUGAAAUCUAGUGUGUUUUCCUAAGAAUAACAACAUGGCUACAGUGAAAACAGAAAUAAAAGUGAAGGAAAAGAAAUUCAUUUGUGAAAGGAUAAGAAUAAGGGAAGCAAGCGUGAUGGAAACAAAGCUGUUUUCCAAGAAAGGACUGAUAUGUAAUCAGAGACAAUGAACUCAGAGGGACCUGGCCUUGUACAAAAAGGUGAUGGAGGCACCAGUGGCUAAGUGAGAACAGAGGGUGGGAUCAAAAGAAAGGAAAUCUUUGAAAUGAUCUUCAGUUUUAAUAAUGAUUCCUAGAAGCAGCCAGUUUCACAGCCUUACAGUGCCUAUUUUAAAGUUUCAUGUGAAUCAGCAUAGCUCUAUUUUUAUAGUAUCUGAAAAUCACUAAAGUGCUGUUUUUGUUUAGAAUUUUAAAAAUCUCCCUUUGGUCCGAAGGAAAAAAGCAAAGAAAGGAGCACAAUCAGAACACAAAUAAUUGAGUAUGGAAUGUGAGAGCUUAGGAAGGGCUGCUGCAGUCCAAGUCAAGUGGAGUCAUUAAAGAUUUGGAGAUGUCUGGAACUCGAGUUGGUGUGGAAGAAGUAGCUUGGGGAGUUUUUUGUUUUUGUUUGUUUACUAUUUUUAUUUAAAAUUAACAUGUCAAGAUUAUGUUAAUUUUACAAAUAGAUUGAAAAUUUUUAAACCUAGUCUCUGAAAUAUUUUAUAAAGUCAGCUGUAAGACACAUCCUAGACAAAUCUAAGACACUACUAGAUUUCAAAUAUGAAGAUAAACUCAUCAAGGCCUUCAAUAAUUAAAUAAUCAUUAAAUGAUUAAUAAUUAUUAAAUAAUUUACAUAAGCAAAAUAAUUAGACUGAGGCAUCAGACAUUUUAAUAGCAAUCUAAAAAGCAGAGGAACAAUGGAGCAGUAUGUUUUUCAAAACUCAGUGAGAGAAAGUGUAAACCAGUGAUUUUAUAUUCAGCUAAAGUGUCCUUCAAAGACCAAGGCAAUGAGAAAACAAUAUUCAACACAUAAAAACUUAAGGAAUUCUGCAUUCAUCAACCUUUCCUAAGGAAAUUACUAAUGAAUGACAUCAACCAACCAAAAGAUGAUUGGGAAAACUUCAGCAAAAAGACAGAUGGUCAGCCGCAGAGCACAGGGAGAUCAGCUCGGUGCUUUG